CUUUUGGCGAUCGACUUCAUUCUUUAUAGAUUGCUGUUGUUGUUGUCAUCGAGUUGAGCUUUUGUUAGAGUGGUGCUGUUCCAGAGAUGAUGAGGAUGAUGAUGGCGACGCCUGCCGCUGCUCUCAUCGCCAAGACCGCUUCUCCACUCCGGCGGCGACCGUUCGUGUCUGCAUUGGCUGCAUCGUGCACAUUGAUGCAUGCACAACAGACGCCGAGUUUGACAACGGGGAGGCGAUCUGCUUCAACAUCUGCGUCCAUGCAGCCUGCUACAACCACCGCAGCGACCAGGGCUGAUACCGACUGGCUCGCACUGCGACCGAGCUUCAAGAUCAAUGCCAGCAACGUCCGCGUGCUGCAUGAGCCGUCCGACUUUUUCUCAACGCUGCUGAAAGGCGUUGCCCAAGCAAAACGACAAAUCACUCUUGCUUCGCUCUAUUUAGGCACCGGCGCGCGAGAACGCGAGCUAAUUGAAGCACUUCAUCUUGCCCUCUCCACACGACCUGAACUGCGUGUGAAUAUUCUGCUCGACUGCAUGCGAGGAUCUCGUGGCGAGAACGAAAAGAAGAGCAGCCGUGCCAUGCUGCUGCCUCUUCUGGAACGUUUUGGAGAUCGCAUCACACUGUCGCUCUAUCACACGCCGUUGCUUCGAUCUCUGAAGAAGAAGCUCAUCCCAGCCAAGUUUGAUGAAACAAUCAGUGUUCAGCACAUGAAGCUGUACAUGUGGGACGACACCAUUUUGUUAAGCGGAGCCAACCUGAGUCAGGACUACUUUACCAAUCGUCAGGAUCGUUACAUGCUGUUUGAAGACUGCCCAGAAGUUGUCGGAUUCUUCCAAAAAGUCAGCCGAGUGGUUGAGGAGCACUCAUACCGCGUGAGCAGCAAGAAUACCCUCGAAGCGCGCCGAUUCGAUCCCCUCGCAUGCUCUAUUGAUGAAUUUGGUGCAAGUAUGGCCGCAGGCAUGCGUGCCAUUCUCGCUCAAGCGCCGCAACAUUCGCCCGCGCAGCGUCCGGCCUCCACGGAAGCAUUGGUGCUCCCGUCCAUCCAACUUGGUUGCUUUGGAUUCAAGCACGACCAGGCCAUCACGUCGCAUAUUUUGAGCUCAACCCCGACGGACUGCGCUGUUUGGGUUGCGUCGGGCUAUUUCAACUUUCCCGAAUCGUAUCAGCAACUGGUUCUCGGCCAAAGCCAAGGUGCCACCAAGACUGAGUUUAAGAUUCUGACAGCUGCUCCGUUGGCGAAUGGAUUUUUCGGCGCGCGUGGUAUUCCAGGACUGGUUCCGGCCGCCUACACCAGUAUUGAGCGCGCCUUCUUGCGACGCGUGGAAGCACUGAAUGCACCCGAUAGAGUGCAACUGUUUGAAUGGAUGAAGCCUCAGUGGACCUUCCAUGCGAAAGGCAUGUGGUUUUACCAUGCAUCUGCACCGACCCCACACAUGACGCUUGUCGGAUCUUCCAACUUUGGAAUUCGGUCGAUAUUGCGAGAUAUCGAGGCACAGGUAGCGCUAGUCACCGACAAUGGCCAGCUCCAACAGCAACUGCAUGUGGAACGCGAGCGACUCUUCGGAGCCAGUACCCGCGUCACCUUAGCGAGUUUGAAUAGUCAGCCAGAGAGAGCAGUGUCCACCAGUGUGGCACUAACGACGCAGGUCAUCAAGACAUUCUUUUGAUUCGAAUAUUCUGGUUUUCAAUAAACACUACAAUCUCCGA